UACUUCGGUUUUUCUCCCCGCCGCAUCACCAUCUAUCACACAUAGUUGACAAAGAACCAAAGCAGGCUGAGGUCAAUGUUAACAUGGCAGGACCUAUGCACUGGCAAGGUGAGGGGGAUUGGUAAAGAGAAAGAGAGUUUAUACAUCCUGGAUCCUGCCACCUCAUCAUCAUAUACCAGUGCAUAUCAUCAGGCUCUUGUUUCCUCUGUUGCAGCCCCUAUCUCUCAGCCACAUCAUCCAUCUUCCUCUUCUCCAUCUACUACAACUUGGCACCAACGCCUUGGUCAUGCUCCAUUCACUGUUCUACAACACAUCCCAUCAAUAAAGAAUCAUUUCUUACAUAAAGAUGCUCCUAUAUGUUCAGUUUGUCCUUUAUCUAGGCAGACUAGAUCUCCUUUCCCCAUAAAGCUCAAGAAAUCAGAUCCCUUUUGAUAUUGUUCACAUGGAUGUAUGGGGUCCAUAUAGACAAUGUACUUACAAUGGCUUUAAGUACUUCCUUACAAUUGUAGAUGACUACACUCGGAUGACUUGGGUUUACUUGAUGAAAUUCAAGAGUCAUUCAUAUUAAAAAUUUCCUUGCUCUAGUCAAAACUCAAUUUUCUGCUUCUGUUAAGAUUCUAAGAACUGACAAUGGACUUGAAUUUUUUAAUACUCAUUGUUCUCAAUUACUCUCUUCCUUGGGUAUUGUUCACCAGAGCUCUUGUGUUCAUACCCCCCAACAAAAUGGGGUGGCUGAAAGAAAGCACAGACACCUUUUUGAGAUGGCUAGGGCUCUUAGAUUUCAAGCUCAUGCUCCCUUAAAAUUUUGGGGUGAGUGUAUUCUUACCUCUGUUUACCUUAUUAAUCGAUUACCAUCCUCUCUGCUCUAUCCGGCAAACUCCCCUUAUGAAAUGCUUCAUGGUCAAGUUCCUUCACUCCAACACCUUAGAGUGUUUGGUUGCCUUUGUUAUGCCACCAAACCUACCUACACUGAUAAAUUUUCUCCAAAAGCCAUUCCUGGAGUUUUUAUGGGUUACUCCAACACCCAAAAGGGGUACAGGAUCUAUGACAUUGCUUCAAAUACUUUUCUAGGCAACAGAGAUGUGGUCUUUCGGGAAACUACCUUUCCUUUUAAGUAUCCCAAGUCCACUUUCCUUCAUUCCUAUCCUCCUUUGCCUCACCCUGAUAGCCCUUCUUAUUACCAUACCGAUGACUUGUUUCAGCCUUC